CAGCACUUCUCAGUCGGGUGUCCCGUAGCUUGACGAGCAUCUCACAGCCUCCAGCUCUCCUUUUUUCCCUCUGCAACAGAGAACAGAGCCAGACCGACCAUGAGCCACUCUUCAAUGCAUACCUCAACUUCCUACAGGCGUACCUUUGGUAGCCCACACUCCAUCCCCAUGUCCUCUUACUCCCCUGUGUCCUCCAGGAUGCCCGUUUCUGGAGGGCGCUACGUGCGUUCAAUGCCACCUGUGGCACCAUCCCGCUCCACCACCUACCACCAGCAGCGUUCUCGCUCUGCCGCCCAGCCCCCUCGCCUCUCCUACGACAAGGUGGACUUCACCCUGUCCGAAGCCAUCAACCAGGAGUUCCUAACCACCCGCAGCAACGAGAAGGCUGAGCUGCAGGAGCUCAACGACCGCUUUGCCAGCUUCAUAGAGAGGGUGCGUUACCUGGAGCAGCAGAAUGGUGCACUGCAGCAGGAGCUCAACCAGUUCAAGGGCCAGCAGCAGCAAGGUCAGCCCAACCGCGCCUCUGAGCUCUUCCAGGAGGAGGUGAGAGACUUGCGCCGCCCGCUGGACUCCACCGGAAAGGAGAGGGACCAGUACCUACUGGAGAGGGACAACCUGGCUGAGGAGCUGGUCCUGUACAAGCAGAGGUUGGAUGAAGAGGCCCAGAAGAGGGCAGAUGCUGAGAAUAACCUGGUGGCUUUCCGCAAGGAUGUGGAUGAUGCCACAUUGUCUCGUUUGGAGCUGGAGAGGAAGAUUGAGUCCCUAAUGGAUGAGAUUGAAUUCCUAAAGAAGCUCCAUGAUGAAGAAAUCCAGGACGUACAAGUGAGUGUCCAGACGCAGCAGCUUAAGUUGGAGGUGGACAACACCGCCAGGCCUGACCUAACUGGAGCUCUGAGGGAAAUCAGGGCCCAGUAUGAAACCAUCGCUUUAAAGAACAUGCAGGAAUCUGAGGAAUGGCACCAGUCCAAAUUUAAUGAUUUGACUGAGUCUGCAAAGCGCAACACUGAUGCGCUGAGGCUCGCCAAGCAGGAGGCCAAUGAGUCCAGGAGACAGAUUCAGUCUCUCAACUGUGAAGUUGAUGCAAUGAAGAACACGAAUGAAGCUCUGCUGAGGCAGAUGCGUGAAAUGGAAGACCAGUUUGGCAACGAGAUCGGCAACUACCAGGACAACGUGGGCAGGUUAGAGGAUGAGAUCCGCCACCUGAAGGAGGAGAUGGCUCGUCACCUUCGGGAGUACCAAGACCUCCUCAAUGUCAAAAUGGCUCUGGACAUUGAGAUUGCUACAUACCGUAAACUCCUAGAGGGGGAGGAGAGCAGGAUUACUGGUCCUAUCCUCAAUAUGGGCAUGAGCAGUCACCAUGGCCACCAAGAUUAUGACCACGCGCCAAGCAGCAUGGGCAAGAGGACUGUGGUGAUCAAGACUGUUGAGACUAGAGAUGGAGAGGUGGUGAAGGAAUCCAGGAGGGAGAAGGACAGAGAGUCUGCUCGCGAAGACGAGGGUGAUGAAGAGUAGAAAAUUGGAGAUUGGAAAAUGUAAAGGCCUUUGCCAUGAGAACAAAAAAAAACAUGUAAGAAAAACAGAAAAAAAAAACUCCAAAUCGGACAUAUAUAGUCCUCAUUCUCACUAGUUAUGUGUUAAAUCCUCCAGCAGAGGCUUGAAUUGAAUGAAUGAAUCCCUUUAGACGGUGUCACUUUGGUGCUAUUUAAGCCACCCAACUUUUGCUAAACACACGUGUGUCAUCUGUUCGGCUCAGCAAAGCCAUUUUACUAACCUACCACUUGAGGCCUUAGUUUACAGUGCAAUCCCGUGAAAUCCUGACAAGACAACACGUUUGUAGCAGAGUAUCAAACUACAGGUUGGACUAGAAAGAUUGAAUGGAGGAUUUUAGUAGUUUGUGUUCUAGGUAGGACUUACUAAUAAAACUGCUGCCCAUUGGUCAAUACACUUUAAAAGAUAGACUGCUAAUACAUUGACCUAUUUCCAUUUGUUUUGAAGCUUUGCUAUCUUCUGCAAACCAAAAAAUAACCAGACAUAAGUUAUUAAUAACAGGUAAAACACUGGAAAAUGUUGACAUCAAAAAUAUGACACCAACUGAAAAUAAUUCUGCUGAAUGUGCUUUACAAUGCUGUGUGUAUCUGCCACUAUCGAUAAAUGAAUAUGUAAUUGAAAAUAAA